AUGCCGAACAUCUCCGCGAGCAAGAAGGCAUUAGUUGGUCGGCCUUGUCUAACCUGUCAACGUCGGAAAAUAAAGUGUGACCGAGCCAAACCGGAUUGUCAACGAUGUCAAAAGGCUGGGCUGCAGUGUGGCGGCUAUACGUCCGAUUCGUUUGUCCUUGUAGUUCCCACUCGGGCUCUGGGUGAUGGAAAUAAUAAGGUCAGAUUAAGGCGUACCAAAGGCAAGGGAAAUGGGGACAGUCCAACCAUGCAGGAAGAUGGCACGAGCAACAAUACGAACACCGAGAUGAAGCGAGAUGACACUACCAAAGUAACCAGGCUAUUGCCCGAAUCUUAUAUCAAUGUAGCCCCGGAAAAUAGGAUGCAGGUCCUGUCCUAUUUCCUGGAACGUUAUUUGCCGGCUUCUAUGACUAGUCAACGCAAAUUUAUUACUCCGUCGUCAUGGGUGCGGAGUCUGCCGAGCCUACUAGGUCGGUGGGAAGUGCUCGAUACCGCUUUGUCCGCGCUUUGCCUUGCAUACAUAGGCGAUGUACAUCAAGAUCGCGUGCAUUCGCAUGAAAGUCAACGCUUUUAUAACGAUGUAUUGCAGAAGCUAGGGUCCAUGUCACUUGAUUCGCUGAAAUUGUCCAAUGAGGGCGUUCUUACAACGACUAUGACGAUGGCCAUGUAUGAGCUCUUUCAUAGUACCUAUGGUCGUCUCCAGGGCUGGAUGGUCCACGUCAAAGGUGCGGGCCGACUUCUGGAGCUUCGAGGCCCACCUACAGAAGAAAGACCUCUUAAUAUGAGUCUAUAUAACCGCGUGAGAAACACUGUACUGUGGGACGCAUAUGGCAGCCGGAAAAUGUCAUUUUUGGCUCACUCCGAAUGGCAGAAUCUGUCCGAUACUCCUCAUGAUAUCCUCCUGGACUCUUUGACCUGUAUACCGGGUCUUUUAGAGGCCACGGACGAUAUUCUCUCAUCAAGUCAGUCGGGAAAAGUCGAUAUUGCAGCUAUUGAUGAGCUUCUCAGUUUCUGGCAUGCAAUUCACGUGCGGCUUACGCAGUGGUAUGUAACAUUUGAGGACGACGAGCUGGAGGGCCUUUAUGAAUGCGGACCACUUGGUCCAAACAGUCAUCCAUAUCUUGAUGCGGCGAAGCCGCACUUGUACUCGAUGUUCCCACAGGUCAUAUCUUUCAGAGAUACUUAUGUGGCUCAAAACAUGCUGAUGUAUUGGUUCGGUCAGCUUGUUGUCCAUACUUCAAUGGUCCAGCUUUAUGUUGCCAGAGAAAAGCAUCAAAACAGACUCAACUCUGACGCAUUCCCUUCAGAGUACAAGGGUAUUCACAAGACUUCGAGAGAAAGGCUACAAAAAACGGGUGAUUACUACGCAACCAAGAUCUGUCAAUCCACCGCAAGUCUCAAAGGUGGAUAUGGAUUUCAGAUCGUCAUGGUCCCUCUUUGGGCAGCGCAACAAUUCUAUGAUAUCUGCCAGGAUUCCAGAUACGAUUGGUKCCAAACGGUUUUAAGCAAUUUUGGGGCUGCUUGUGGUUUUGUGUCUGGUGAAGCGUUAGGGUUUUUGAAACCAUCCCAAUAUCCGGGUAUCACUAUGAAAGGGGACACCAUCAUUCAUAAUAGUGACUAA